UUCCGACUCUCAUCUGGUGCUGCUGGUCUUCACGUUCCGAAGGAUAUAUAUUCGCUCACUUCCGCACCCUGUCUCUACCACGAACCACCAUGUCUUUCAGGCUCUCUGCCGCACUCGUCUUUCUCCUAGCGUCUCUCUCUGCGGUCUCUGCCCAACAAUGUAACGCGACGUCGCUGUGCCCGACGGCCAACCCUUGCUGCAGUGAAUUCGGUUUCUGUGGCACCGGCAGCUUCUGCCUCGGCGGAUGCAAUCCCCUCGCCUCGAACACUCUCACGUCGUGCUCCCCCGAACCUGUCUGCCAGAACGCCAACCACACGUUCACAGACUUCUCGCGUAUCCUCUCGAACGCGACCUACUUCGAUGGAAACGCUACAAAGUACGACUGGGUCGUCAACUCGGGCAACAUCAUCAACUCCACCGCGGGCGAGCUCGGCAUGACGCUCACCCAAGACAACGGUGGCACGCGUCUGAGCUCGACCCGCUACGUCCACUACGGCAAGAUCACCACCCGCCUGAAAACCGGCAAGUGGGGCGGCGUCGUGACCGCUUUCAUCACGAUGUCCGACAUCAAGGACGAGAUCGAUUGGGAGUUCCCCGGUGCACAGACUACCGAGGGCCAGUCCAACUACUUCUGGCAGGGUGUCGUCCCUGCACAGACUGCCGGCGGUAUUCACGGCAACCUCACUGACACCUUCGUCAACUACCACGACUACACUAUUGACUGGCAGCAGGAUACCCUCACGUGGCUCAUCGACGGCAACGUCGUGCGCACGCUCAAGCGCUCCGACGCGACGGGCUCAGACGGCGUCAGCCGGUACCCCAGCACGCCCUCGCGCAUCGAGCUCAGUAUCUGGCCCGCCGGCAUCAACACCUCCGCGCAGGGCACGAUCGACUGGGCUGGCGGGCUGAUCAACUGGAACGACCCCGACUACGUUGCCGCAGGUCACUUCUACGCGCUCGUGAACUCGGUCUCGGUUGAAUGCGCGGACACGAGCUCAAACCCCGCGAACGCGCAGUCGUACGUGUACGGUAAGAACGCGUCCGCGUUCACGCCCGCGGUCGACGUCACGAACCAGACGACGGUCACGAACGGCGCGCCGCGUGCGUUCGGUGGCGUCAGCGGCGUGUGGUCGAUGCUCGCCGCUGGUGCCGCGAUGGCGCUCGGCGCGAUGCUUGCGUGAGCAGCAUCACAGACCUCAGUUCCGGAUGGAUGAUUAUCUUGCUACGGGUUUGGACUGGAUCUAAUAUUUUAUCGGGGUGGAUAUCAGAUCGUGAUGUAUGGUCGCUAUCGCCCUCGCUAUGCACCGCCGCCACGGUGUGUCUUGUUGUAGGUCCGUAUAGCACCAUGUCAUGCAUGGUCUCGCUUGGUCAUUCUUGCAUAUACCCGGUUUUUUCUAGCUCAGUGCGGUGUAAGAUCGGAUGUAGGAUGAGAGCAAGUUAGCAAGUAAUGUUCCUACAUCAUGCACUGCACAAGACCACAGGCGACCGUCGGGAUAUUUAUUGGUAACGUUCAUCUCGUCUUGUAGCGGCUAUGCGACAGUUUGUCGCUUGUUAGCGAAUAGUACAACCACC